AUGGAUCGAGUAAUAACGCAAAGUUUCUUACAAUUGGAUCACGAUAUCAUGUCGUUGGCUGCUAGGGCAAUCGAUCAGCCAACUUUACUAGCCGAUGCUAACGCCAUGCUGGAGGCUGCCUAUUCCGGGUCCUGUGCCCUUGUUGCCUACUAUAUUGAAGAGACGCGUUCUCUAAAGGUUGCUUGCGUUGGUGACUCUCGUGCUGUCCUUGGUCGAAAGAACGCUGAAGGGAUAUGGGAAGCCAUACUACUUUCUCAUGAUCAGACUGGCCACAAUGAGGCAGAAGCCAAGCGACUACAAGCUGAUCAUCCUGACGAACCCGAUAUGCUUAAGAAUGGGCGUCUACUUGGCCUUGCAGUUACGCGUGCCUUUGGUGACGCCCGUUGGAAAUGGUCACAAAAGACACAGGAAAUUGCUCAGAAGCGCUUCUUCGGUCCAGAACCUCGGGUACCUUUGAUUUCCCCUCCAUAUCUUACUGCUGAGCCCGUGAUUACAACUACAGAAAUCUUCCCAGAGCGAGGCGAUUUCCUAAUAAUGGCCAGCGACGGGAUGUGGGAUAAUUUAAGUAGUGAACAAGCAGUGAAACUUGUAGGAAACUGGCGUGAUACGCAUGAUCUGCUGAAGGAAGCAACCCCUUCAGGGAAGAUUGAAAUCCCAGACAGGUGGGCGCCAAGUGACCUCUCAAAAACGGUAAAACCAAGCGUGGACAGGGAGUUCACAAAGCCAAAAAUUCUCUCGGAGAAAGAUAUGGUCAAUGUAGAUGAUAAUGCGGCGACACAUUUGGCAAGGCAUGCCUUAGGAGGAGGUGAUCUGGAUUUGUUGACGGGCUUGAUCUCCUCGUCACCGCCGUGGACAAGGAGGAUGAGGUUCGUCUCUGCCAACAUUGAUUUAUCCCUUAAGCACAGUCUGAAGCUGAAUUUCACAAAUACAGGGACGAUAUGA